AAUUGAGCCGGGGGUGUGGAGCAGCCAAGAUGGAGCCGGCAGCCGGCGGCCCCGGCCCGCUGAUCAUGAACAACAAACAGCCCCAGCCGCCACCACCUCCGCCACCGGCAACCGCGCAGCCUCCACCCGGAGCCCCGCGGGCCGGCGGAGGCCUCCUGCCCGGGGGCAAAGCCCGGGAGUUCAACCGCAACCAGCGCAAAGACUCGGAGGGCUACUCCGAGUCUCCAGAUCUCGAGUUUGAAUAUGCUGACACGGACAAGUGGGCUGCAGAGCUCUCAGAGCUUUACAGCUACACGGAAGGGCCGGAAUUCCUGAUGAAUCGAAAAUGCUUUGAGGAAGACUUCCGGAUCCAUGUAACAGACAAGAAAUGGACCAAGCUGGACACCGACCAGCACCGUACGCAUGCCAUGAGGCUCCUGGAUGGCUUGGAAGUCACUGCCAGGGAGAAAAGACUCAAGGUGGCUCGAGCAAUCCUCUACGUUGCCCAAGGCACCUUUGGGGAGUGUAGCUCAGAGGCAGAGGUGCAGUCCUGGAUGCGCUACAACAUCUUUCUGCUCCUGGAGGUGGGCACGUUCAAUGCUUUGGUGGAGCUUCUGAAUAUGGAGAUAGACAACAGUGCCGCCUGCAGCAGUGCGGUGAGGAAGCCGGCCAUCUCCCUGGCUGACAGCACAGACCUGAGGGUACUGCUCAACAUCAUGUACCUGAUUGUGGAGACCGUUCACCAGGAGUGUGAGGGCGAUAAGGCCGAGUGGAGGACCAUGCGACAGACCUUCAGGGCUGAGCUGGGUUCCCCCCUGUACAACAACGAACCAUUUGCCAUCAUGCUGUUUGGGAUGGUGACCAAAUUUUGCAGCGGUCAUGCCCCUCACUUCCCCAUGAAGAAAGUCCUCUUACUUCUUUGGAAGACAGUGUUGUGCACACUGGGAGGCUUCGAGGAGCUGCAGAGCAUGAAGGCCGAGAAGCGCACCGUCCUGGGCCUUCCCCCGCUGCCUGAGGACAGCAUCAAGGUGAUCCGCAACAUGAGGGCCGCCUCCCCGCCGGCGUCUGCCUCAGACCUGAUUGAGCAGCAGCAGAAGCGGGGCCGUCGGGAGCACAAGGCACUGAUAAAACAGGACAACUUGGAUGCCUUCAACGAGCGGGAUCCUUACAAGGCUGAUGACUCUCGAGAAGAGGAAGAGGAGAAUGACGAUGACAACAGCCUGGAGGGGGAGACAUUCCCCCUUGAGCGGGAUGAAGUGAUGCCUCCCCCACUGCAGCACCCUCAGACUGACAGGCUUACCUGCCCAAAGGGGCUUCCGUGGGCUCCCAAGGUCAGAGAGAAAGACAUUGAGAUGUUCCUCGAGUCCAGCCGUAGCAAGUUUAUUGGUUACACUCUAGGCAGUGACACGAACACAGUGGUGGGGCUGCCCAGGCCAAUCCACGAAAGCAUCAAGACUCUGAAACAGCACAAGUACACGUCGAUUGCAGAGGUACAGGCGCAGAUGGAGGAGGAGUACCUUCGCUCUCCUCUCUCGGGGGGAGAAGAGGAAGUGGAGCAGGUACCCGCGGAAACCCUUUACCAAGGCUUGCUUCCCAGCCUGCCCCAGUACAUGAUCGCGCUGCUGAAGAUCCUGCUGGCUGCCGCCCCCACCUCGAAAGCCAAAACAGACUCAAUCAACAUCUUAGCAGAUGUCCUGCCUGAGGAGAUGCCCACCACCGUGUUGCAGAGCAUGAAGCUGGGGGUGGAUGUGAACCGCCACAAAGAGGUCAUUGUUAAGGCCAUUUCUGCUGUCCUGCUGUUGCUGCUCAAGCAUUUUAAGUUGAACCACGUCUACCAGUUUGAAUACAUGGCCCAGCACCUGGUGUUUGCCAAUUGCAUCCCUUUGAUCCUAAAGUUCUUCAAUCAAAACAUCAUGUCCUACAUCACCGCCAAGAACAGCAUCUCUGUCCUGGAUUACCCUCACUGCGUGGUACAUGAGCUGCCGGAACUGACUGCUGAGAGUCUGGAAGCAGGUGACAAUAACCAGUUUUGCUGGAGGAACCUCUUUUCUUGCAUCAAUCUGCUUCGGAUCUUGAACAAGCUGACAAAAUGGAAGCAUUCGAGGACCAUGAUGCUAGUGGUGUUCAAGUCGGCCCCCAUCUUGAAGCGGGCCUUGAAGGUGAAACAGGCCAUGAUGCAGCUCUACGUGCUGAAGCUGCUCAAGGUGCAAACCAAGUAUCUGGGACGGCAGUGGCGGAAGAGCAACAUGAAGACCAUGUCCGCCAUCUACCAGAAGGUGCGGCAUCGGCUGAAUGACGACUGGGCGUACGGCAACGAUCUUGAUGCACGGCCCUGGGACUUCCAGGCAGAGGAAUGCGCCCUCCGUGCCAAUAUCGAACGCUUCAACGCCCGGCGGUAUGACCGAGCCCAUAGCAACCCGGACUUCCUACCUGUGGACAACUGCCUGCAGAGUGUCCUGGGCCAGCGGGUGGACCUCCCUGAGGACUUCCAGAUGAACUACGACCUCUGGUUAGAAAGGGAGGUCUUCUCCAAGCCCAUUUCCUGGGAGGAGCUGCUGCAGUGAGGCUCCUGGGCAGGGGACUGACUGCAAAGGAAAGAAGGGGUGAUCUGGAGGGGCCCCAGGGGCUGUCCCAGUUCAUUGCCGCAGUGCUCCCACCUCCCUCCAGGUGGCAGCACAGCCCCACUGUGCCCUCCCUAGGCCCCGCUGGGCUUGUGGGUGAGUCAGAUUUGGCCCUUCAUUCAUUCCCAGCGUCCUGCUCAGAGCAGCGAGCUCUCUGCGUGGGAUCCUAUCUUCUUCACUCAUCCCCACCCUCUUCUCUUGGACGUGGUCGGUUGCGGCUCAUUUCUCAGUCAGCCCAAGGCUGGGAAAAGCCUAGAUAGGCUGGGAAGCCAUUGCAUCUGAGUUGCAGGGGCCACACUGAGGCUCUUCCUGAGACACACACAUCCUUGGAGUCUCAGCCGGCCGAGGAGGAGGGCUUAGCAUUAGGCCAGGGUCAGAAAGUCGGAAUUUUGGUUUUGCUUUGGGGGGUUUCUGAUGUCACUCCAGCCUCCUGCUUUCGUCCCAAGGCAAUUGCAGAGGCUCCUACAGCUGCCUCAGUACUUUGGUUUUGGACAGGGUUGGGGGGUAGGAACGGAAGCUGUCCUUAAUCAGAGGUGCCAUUUUUCCUCUUGGCUUGCAGGGGUCUGUAAAUACCUAUAUAUAAAUCUCUGUGUAUUCUCUUGUGUCACGUUGGGGUUUUUAACGUGUUUGUGUAUUCUGUUUACAUUAAAAGGAAGCAAAAAUGACCCCCAUUGCCUUGUCUGCAGGAAAUACGGUCCCUGAGUAUCUAUGAGUCUAGAAAAUGGGUUUUCCUGCCAGCAUUGAUAGGUCACCCACUUGUUCCCUGCCAGGCUGCCUGCCUUUGCCACCUGAGGGGGAGGUACUGGGGGAGUUGGCAUUUAUCCAGAGUCAAUCUAGGAUUGUUCCAGCCCAGCUCAGGGCUCUGGGCUGCUGAGGUGAUAAGUUGUCCUGUACCCCUGUGUUUGAUAGAGUUGCAGUAGGAGCCCCAGGCAUCUCCGGAUCGCUCUCCUGAGGGGGCCUCAGCCAAACCAGUUUCAGUGCUAGGGAGGAGGAGGGGCUAGGUCGGCUGCUCUGGGCCCUCGCAAGGGUAGGUGGUUGGGACUGAGAGGAAACUUCUUUGCCCAGAGCCUGGGGAAGCAGACCAUCUGGAGUCAGCCUCACAGUGGGAAGGAGUGUGUCCGAGGGCCCAGGAGCCCACCUCACUGGGGGAAGAGGCAAGGACGAUCUCCGGGAGGUGUCGGUUUGCAGACCCUGGAGCCUGCACCUGGCCUUGCGAUCCUGGGCACGUCUGCUUCCACCUAGUUUGAUCUUGAGGCUUUGUUUCUGAUGCUUAUGAAAGUACUGUUUCCUUUCCAGAGUGACUUAAAAGGUCCCUUGUCUUACCUUUAGGCCAUGUGUACGGGAUCUUAAGUCUCUUGACUUAUAUAGGAAAUGUACUCUGGGGAAAAUCUCCCUCCCGUGGGUUCUUCUGUUCAGUGCCUGCUUGGCCUGGGUUUUGACUGAGCCUCAGUGCAGGCCCCAAGCUGGGCUUCCAAGAGAAGCCUGAUGUGCCAGCGUGGUUAGGAGCAGCAGAGGGGAAGCGAGCACUGUAUUUUUUCUGUAAGUCACACAGCCUCUGAGGUAGGAAUUCCCUGUGACUGAUCGACUUUUUGCCCCUAAGCAACUUGCACAGGACAAGGGAGUUUGACCCAAUUCGUGUGUGCAUGAUGCAUUUUGUGCUGUUUCAUGCCAGGACCAAUAGGAAGUAUGCAUCGUGAGAUUUUAGUUUGGGUAAGAUAGAUUUUCACAUUCAUACUCCACCAGGUAGCCUGGCUCACUGAGCCAGCUUGUCUGACAGCUUUGCUUCCUUCCCCUUUUUUGAUUUCCCCAUUCUCCUCUGAAGCUUCCCUUAACCAGAGUUGCCAUUUUUUCCUCUUGCGUUGCAAAGGUCUAUAAGUGUCUAUAUAAAAAUUUGUGCAAAAAGAACACGGGAUAUCAAAGCUGCAAGGUCCAUAAAACCCAGGUGUGUGGGAGGAUCCACACAUCUGUAGGCCCAGGGCCUGGCCUAGGAGAGUAAGAGCCUUAUCACAGCUGCAGAAUGUGCUAGUGGUAGAUUGGCCUUUCAAAUCCAAGCUUUUGUACAGAAAUGUCUUUGGGAGCAAGUGGCCACCCACAAUCUCUGGCUUCGUUUCUCAUAUGGGUCCUGAGACGGGCAAGGUAUGUGAAGACCCUUUGUAAAUGGUUGAGUUAUAUAAAAUGUUGAUUAUUGCCAACCA